AUGGCAUCUAGAAGAGUAUUAGACAACGACGAAGCCAGAACUGCCCACAACGUAUUGGUGUUCUACCUCCACCAACAUUUAACCGACUACGACAUUAAAGAGUUGAAGGAACUGUUCAGAGAUACGCCACUAACUCCGCGACAGAUCGGGAAAAUUAACACUGUGUUCGACCUAUUUGAAUAUCUUCUUAUCUAUGAGAAGAUUUCAGUAGGAAACUAUGAACAAUUUACACCGAGAUUAAGAAUGGUUAAUCCUAGAUUGGCUAAUUAUGUGAAAGCACAAGAAGACAUAAUCAGAGGCAUCCUAAAUGAAGGUGAGAAAUGACAAUUCAGUAACAUUUAUCAAAAAAUCCAUGCUGACUUAAGACCCUUGAUAGCUAAAGCUAAAGAGAGGAUCAAAACGGAAAAAAGGGAGAAACAGUUUUUGGAGACCAAAGCAUUUCAUGAUGCUCAAGACAAACUCAGAAAGAAAAGAGUCAUAAUAAUCAAGGGUAAUACUGGAGACGGCAAGACUUCAACUUCCAUUCAACUCAUGGACUGGCUGAUCAAGGAGCAGCAAUGCAGACAACCUCUUCAACUUCAUAAAAUUAAGAAAUUAGAUUUAUUGUCUCCAAACUCGAAUCUGGUUACUUUUAUUGAUGAUAUGUUUGGGGAGAAAAAUGUAGGUAGUAUUGACGUACAAGAAUGGAACAAAAGAAUCACCGAUGUAAAAACACUUUUUAUUGAUGAUCAAAGCAAUCCCAAUUUUUUGCUUGUUACUAUUCGUAAUGAAAUAUUUAAUGUUUUAGGAAAGCGGUCCUUCGAACCAGUGUUCACCAAAGAUAACACCAUUGAUUUCAGUUCUGUUAAAUAUCAAAUAUCAGAGGAAAGAAAAGAACUUCUAAAUAUGUAUAAACCAGACAAUAUUUCCUGGACAGAGAAGGAAAUAGAGAGCAUUUUGACAUGUGCUUCGGGCAUCGGGUUUCCUCAAUGCUGUCAGCUUUUCUAUAAGUCUGUGAAAUUGCAGGAGAAACGUGCCAAAUUUUUUGAGAAACCUUAUGAAUUUUUUAUCAAAGCAUUGUCAAGAUUACCAGAAUGUUCUGCCAUUUUGUUUCUCUUCCUCAAUGAAGGGAAGAUAAAAGUGAAAGAUUUAGAUCCAAACAGUGAUAAAAUCAACAAAACAUUGUUAGAGGAAUCAUUUGAUAUUAAUUUGAUUGAUGGUGAGGAGGACAAAUCCUCAUUGACUUACAAGAAAAAGGUAGGAUUUGUUAAAGAAAGUUUAGACAGAUUGUUAGAUUUUUUAGUGGUGAAGGAUAAACCAACGUGCUUUCAUGAUGAAGAAUACAGAUUUAAUCAUGAUUCUGUACAUGUCACAGUGGCUCUUUUGUAUGGGGAGAAAACAACAUGUGGCUAUAUACAGAAUUGUCCCUCAAAAUUCCUCAGUUAUCUUACCAUCUCAAAAACGUCUUCAAACAUGAUUGUCAUAUCAUCUGAUCAUUACGCAUGUCUGUGUGAACGUCUACUCCGAGAGUUUGAGUGUAAAGAGUCUCUUUAUGAUAUUAUGAUUGGCUCUCUAGAUGUAUGGAAAGAUUCUGUAUUUGUUGUACGAUUUUUCAGGUUGUUAAAUGAGAGAAAAGUUGAUAAGCUUGCUGUGUUAAAUAAAGCAUGUCGUUAUUGUGUAAAAGAAUGUGUUAUAGAUCUUCUGAAUGAGGGAGUCAAACCUGACGAGGACACACCAUUAUGGUCAUUGAUUACAGGAAGUACGUAUGGUGUUGGUAAGGGAGAUGUUGAUGUACUUAAGAAAGUUGCUGGAUACCUGAAUGAUGAGAUAAAGAUUGAAUUGUUGAAUAAAGCAUGUGAAUCUGGUUCGGAAGAAUGUGGUUUAUAUCUUCUGAGUGAGGGAGUGAAACCUGCAAAUGACAUACUGAUGUAUGUGGCGUGGGGAGGAAACGUGGAAUUGUUACAUAACUUACUGCUGUAUGACGUCAAUCCAACAGAGAAGUUUGAGUACAAUCACAACGUCUUGCAUAAGGCGUGUCUGACGGGAAAAGAAGAAAUGGUGACUGAGUUGUGUGAUAGAUAUCCAUACUUGGUACAUGACACUGAUGAUGGUGGACAAACUCCACUCCAUGUUGCAGCAGCGAAAGGAAGCAUUUCUAUAUUCCAGAUAGUGGAGAGAACUAUACUUGAAACCUUGUAUAAACAUCAACAACACAAGUGUGAGACGAUAGACGGACGUAUUGUACACAGGAAUUGUGUGUGUGCUCAGCACAUUUCUCAGUUAGUGGAUAAUGAUGGGUGGACUGUGUUACAUGUUAGUUGUUUGCAAGGACACAGGGAAAUCUGUGUAUAUUUAUGUGAAUACUUUCCAUCACUGAUCACAGCUGUCGAUAAUGGGGGACGGACUGUGUUACAUUGGAGUUGUGAGAGGGGAUACAAGGAGAUUUGCUUAUAUUUAUGCAAGAACUUCCCAUCACUGACCACUGCUGUAGAUAACCGUGGCCGUCAUUGUCUACAUCAAGUAGCUGAGUCAUAUUGGGCAGAUGUAGACACAUUCAUUGAGUGUGAGACUCACAUAAAACAAUACUUAGAAUCAACAGGAGGUAAAUAUGACAUCACAACCAUACUUGACGAGGAUGGAAAAUCUGUUUUAGACUUGGCAAAAGAAAGGAAAGAAACAAGGUCAAAGCUUGGAUUUCCAGCAGACAACCGUUUGUUUGAUCAUCUCAUUAAAGUGUUCGGUAAAUAAAUUUGCCGUUACUUUUUCAAUGCUGAUAAUCAAUG